AUGGCUCAGACAAAGAGUGUCCGGAGGCGCUCAGGGGGUUCUACCCCGAAAAGAGGACAAGCACAGCGAGUGAACCCGCCAUCCAGGACGGUAGGAGGCAAACGGCUUCGCGCACAACCUGGUGACCCCGUACCCGUAAGAAGGCCGCGAAGAUAUAAACCUGGAACACUCGCGCUCAGAGAAAUCCGAAGAUACCAGCAAUCAACCGACCUGUUGAUCCUGAAACUCCCUUUCGCUCGUCUGGUCCGAGAAAUCGCCAUGUCUGUCCUACCAUACCACGCAGCGCAAGACCUGCGGUGGCAAAGUCAAGCGAUCCAGGCCCUGCAGGAAGCGAGCGAAGCGUUCCUUGUGCACCUAUUCGAAGACACAAAUUUGUGCGCGAUACAUGCGAAGCGAGUUACGAUCAUGCAGAAGGAUAUUCAAUUAGCGAGGAGGAUCCGAGGCGCUUGGGGCGGCUUGGGUUGA